AUGCUGAGAUCAGCGGAGAUCAAGAGAUCAUUAGCUUUACUCAAGGAUCAGCUGGGCGUCUGGAUGCUGGGGAGUGUAUUUAUUGAUGCGAAUUGGUCACAAGCAGCAGCUGACCUCCAUCCUAAAGGCCAUAACAACCGCGGCAUAACAACGGUGCAGACAAGGCCAUCAGUUCAGCAAGUGUUCGGUAUGCUGUUUGUUUCCCUCGGGUGUAAGUGGAAGAGUGGUAUUCAGGGUACAUCGGCAGUCUGGGCCGUGGUCGCUGUACCUGCCAGUGUUCGCCGACGCCGCGUCCCCCUGCGGCGUCGCCCUCGCCGCCAUGGCCUCCGCCCUCGAGAGCAACGCCUCGCUGGGGGUCCUGCAGAUGGUGGACUCGUGGGGGAAGCUCCCGACGGCUUCCUGUACGGCAACCCUCACUUCGUGGGCGUCGGCGUCUACGGCGAGUGCGUCCGAGCCCAGUCUCCUGACUUCGGCCUCAAGGGGAAGUUCUGUACCGUCGUCCUGAAGGACAACACCACCGUCGCCCAAAGCCAAAGAGAAGACGAAGCCAGACCUCUCCUUAUCCAGGGCUUCGCUAACACGUACGUAGGGUUCUCUUCUCGGUAUUCUACGUGCAUCCCCGACGCCUGCACGGAAACGGACUUGAUGACAAGCGUGAGUAAAGCUGUCGAUGGCAUUAAAGAAGUGAGUGUCAUGUGUCAGACGCUGGACGAGACACCUCAGUUUACCGGCGCGGAUAUCGCUGUCAUAAGUUUCCUAAGCAUCAUGUUGGCACUGAUGGUGAUUGGCACUGUCAUCGACGUAUUCUGCCGCUUCGCCAAGAGGUCUGCCACUGCCACAGGUAAAGCAGGAUAG